AUGGCGGACGUGGAUGUUGAGUCCAUCUGUAUUUACAGGCGGCUGAUCGACGAUCUGUUGGCGCGCGCAGACCAAGCCAAACCGGACAAGCAAAUCGAACCCCCGUUGACAGAAACACAGUUGGGGGAGAAAAUAUGGGCUCUCCAGGGAGAGAAUGAGCAGGCGGUGGCGCAUUUAGGUCAACAGACCCAGUUUGCGGCGGUCGAGAUUGCUUUUCGAGAGAAGUUCUACAGUCUCCUGGCGACGACCUCUAUAGACGAGCCGGAAUUCAUUCAUAUUUGGAAUCUCCUCGACAUCAUCUCGAUCUUCUCCGAUAACGGUCAUCAGACGAUAGACGGCUGUCGUAAAGUCUUUGAUUAUCUGGAGUCCCGACGAGAGCGCAAUACCAAAAAACACUUCAAACAGAAGAACCUUAUUAUCCUCCGUUCGUGCAAUGAGUUACUUCGACGGCUCUCGAGAGCUGAAGAUACCGUGUUUUGCGGACGGGUCUUCAUCUUCCUUUUUCAGAGCUUCCCCCUGGGCGACAAGAGCGCCGUCAACCUCCGGGGCGAGUACCACACCGAAAAUGUUACCACCUUUGACGACAUAACAAAGGAACCUACAAAGGAGAGCGCCGAUACGGAUGUGGAAAUGGUGGACGAACAAAGCGCGCCACCCGCGGCCGAAGGUCAGAAGGACGAAAGCGAACCCCAGCCAGCUCCCACCGCAUCUCAGACUCCCGACUCGUCCAAACCGCCCAAAGUCGUUAUUUCUACAAGCGAAGAUCGGGAGGAAGAUAAGAAGGUUGACUUCGAUACUCUCUACCCGAUGUUUUGGGGUCUACAGGCGUACUUUUCUGCCCCGACCAAGGUCUUCGACCCUCAGCAUUUUGCAACUUUCAAGUCUGGGCUAGAGGCCACUCUGGAUGCGUUCAAGAAGGUCAAUACAGACCUUGAGAAUUCGAAUUCCAACCGAGCGUCAGAGGAACUGCGAAAAGCCAACAAGCGCAAGCGAGGGGCCGACGGCCAGGAGAUCGGAGGCAGCUUCAACCCGAAGUAUCUUACAAGCAGAGACUUAUUCGACCUGGAAAUCAAUGACACGGCUUUCAGAAGACACGUUCUCGUGCAAGCCUUGAUUCUUCUGGAUUUCAUGCUUUCACUUACACCGAAAGCGAAAGCGAAGCUGACUGAUCUGACCAACAAAUCCGUGUUAUAUGGAUUCGUCUUGAAUGACGAGGAUGCCAAGUGGGCGAUCAAGGUCCGAAAAGCCAUCGAAGAGUAUCUUCAGCAAGGCAUUGGUGGGAAAUUCUACUACCGGAUGGUGGACACGGUGCUGUCGCGAGACAAGAACUGGGUACGCUGGAAGGCCGAAGGGUGUCCGUUGAUUGAACGUCCACCGGUCUCCGUGACGGAAUACCUCGGUGCUCGUGAUGUUGCAACCAAGGUCUAUGCCAACAAGCGUCUUCGGGCAUCGCCCAUGGGGUCACUUGAUCUGAAGUUUCUCUCGGACGGCGAGUCCCUUUCGGGCAUGGAGCGGUUGAAGGAGGCGGAAAGAUUUACUGUCCCAAGCUCGGAUUCCUUCAUGAUGGGGAUCAUGGAUGAUGACUUAGAUCUGGACAUGGCUCAGACGGAAGAGGACAAGGAUGCCGCGGUCCGGUCGAAGGACAGUAAGAUAUGGCGUAUUUUACGGCUGUCUGCUAAGAGCAAGCUUGCGGCGUUCGACAAGAUUGAAGAUGGGAAAAACCUGAAAAUCCUGUUUGAGGCCCCCCAGCCGACCGAAGGCACUCCACAGGCGCUUGAAGGGACUCCGCAAGCCGCCGAGCCAGCAAAAGCCUCGACAGAGGAGACUACCGCCCAAGAGGAGAGCCAAGAGAACGGAAACGUCGGAAAUGGCGAGUCUAAGGAAGACCCCUCUGAAGAGAAGCCAGCCGACUCAGCCGACUCCAACGGUGCGACUGAUGUGGACCACCAGACAACGUGA